UGCAGUCGCUAUUGUUAACUUUGCAAAUUCAAAUGACCAAUGAAAAAAUAAGAAAACCAUGUUCAAAUGAUUAAGAUCAGAAACGAACGACGUCAUCAACGGCAACGGUAACCAAUUCGACAGCGGCUUGGAUCGAAAGCAAAACCACCAAACCAAAGUGUGCAACAGUCAAACGAGCGUUGAAAACUACGGAAUCCGAUUAAUUGGAUCAGCAACGGUGAACAGUAAAUAAAGACUCUUUAUUGGAACAAAACAAAAUGAGCGAUCCAGAGGAUCUAGAAGACGGAGAGAUCGAAGAUGACGAUGACGAUGUGGUGCAACCGGAAGAUCCUCCGCUGGUUCAACCGACACCUUCCGAUUACAAGGAUUUCGAUCCAGAUCAGCUGGAAAAUCAAGAGCCGGGUAGCAAAGAGUCGUCGGGUAGAGAACAGCCGGCGAAUAAAUCCGGUAGCCAACGGGUAAAGCCCGCGCCGGUGGUGGACGACUGGGCAACACGGGUAGAGAAUGCGAUUGCAAAUGCUCUAAUUAAGGACGGCGUGCAACCACCGAUGCCCACGUCCGUUAGCCAUCACGGUGAUGGCGAAGAAGACCCAGGUACACCCAGUGGUGGGCGUAAAUCGAAGAAAAGGAAGAAAUCGUCCCGGGGUACUGGAGGAGGGGAUGGGUCGCAACAACAGCAACAGCAACAACAUCAGCACCACCAUCAGCAUCAUCAUCACCAUCAUCCACCGCAUAGCAAACAACAACGGUUGGACGAGCAGGAUGACGAUGGACAGAUGGACUACGAGUACGAGAUGGUAAACGUGCGGGGCAGUAGCCCGCAGGACAAUGCACCCCAUGGUCAUCAUGGAACUAGGGAUUCGGGGGUGUCCGAGUCGGAGGAAGACGAUGCACACUACUCGUCCGAUGAGUCGCGCGAUCGCGGCGAUGCACACUUCCGGGGGAAAUCGCGUGGAGGAGACCAUCGUGACCGGGAUCGGGAACGAGAGCGCGAACGGGAGCGCGAGCGGGAGUACAACCGGAAGAAGCGUAAACAAGCACGCCAGCGAAGCAACGGCAAAACGAGUCGCGAUGGCCGAAAGCGAAAACGGGACGAUUCGGAUGAUGAGAAACAUCGUCCGACCGGUCCGCGAAAGAUGGAACUGUGUAAAUUCUACCUAAUGGACUGUUGCGCGAAGCGGGAAAAAUGUCUCUACAUGCACAAAGACUUCCCGUGCAAAUACUACUACCUGGGCAUGAAAUGUAGGGAAAAGGACAAGUGUCUCUUCAGCCAUGGCGAGCCACUUCCAGACGAUCUGAGAGCGAUACUUCUAAAGCAUCUGGAAACGGCCCCGCAGGAAAUUCUGGGUGAUUUUCAGCGCAUCAGCCGGGACAGCGCGAUCGGUAUGCUGAACUCAACCCACCGGAAACUACUCGAACGGUACGGGAAAGCACCGGGUGAUGGUGGUGGGUCAAAAAUCCCCUCCCUACUGGACGUACCAACCGUACAACCGGUGUCGGGGUCUAAUCACGCAGCCAAUCAGAAAUAUCGCAAGUCUCGCUGGACGGGAGAUAACGGUGGGCCGGCGCUCGAUGGGGAAACGCUUGAUCUACUGAAGCAGCUAAAGGAUGUCAUCAGCCCUCGGCAGGCGCAGGAUCUCGAGCAUAUGGGGAUACGAACGUUGGACGAGAUCAGUCAGCUCACGGUGGCGCAACUGAACGAGUUGGGCUUAAGUAUCACGCAAAUACACGACCUGCAGGUGCGCGCAAUGAACGUGCAAAAGAACCGGGAGGCUAAGAACUCUUCUUCCAGCGCCGGCAAUAGCCAGGUGGAUAGUGGAAUGGUCGAUAGCAUGGAAAACGCUACACCAAGCGGUUUAGAAGAUGUUGAUUUACGAAAAAUGCCUCCAGCAGUAGACAUCGGUACCCCUGAGGUUGGUGGAGGAAGUCGAGAUGUUGAUAUGAGAUUAUUUCCUCCCGUGGAACCGUUAAAACAAUCCCCUAAAGCCAACACUGAUAAUACUGCUCUCACUAAUGCGCCAAGUAGUAGUGAGCCGAUAUUGCAGGGCAGCAGUCAUCCCCUUCUACUGAAAACGCCAACCGUUGACUACUCGCAGUACAUCAAGGACUCGAACCUAAGCGAAGAUCUGGACGCGGUGGCGGCCGAUACGAGCCUGCUGAACGAGGACGACGACGUCGACGACGAUGAUGACGACGAGAACCACUUGAAGAUCAACAUCGAGGAAGAAGAGGAGGAAGAGAAGAAAGACCCAACCGGGGAAAGCACGCGCGAUCCCUACGGGACGCUGAAGCGAACCGAUUCCGAAGAGGAUCACGAUACGGUCGAAAAACCUGCCCCCAUCCUUUUGCCACCCUUGGUGCCACCGAAGAUCGACUAUGCGCAAGGGCUGGGAGAUAUUCUCAUGUACGGAAGUUUGGACAAAACAUCCGCCAAAUCGCUCGGAGGUGGUGAUGGAUUCUCACCUCGAUCGCACCAUCGAUCACCGUCACCCGCCAAGGACGACGGAGGUACAACGACCAGCACCAGGUCGGCGCUUCUCCAGGACGCUUGGACACCGUCGAUGGCGGACUCACCGAGCAGCACGACCUCUUCCAGCCAGCAGUCCAAAGCUUCCCGCACGAAAUCGGACCAAGGUGGAUCAAAAGGUGGAUCGUCCUCAGGCGAUCGCCAGCGUAGGAUGGGUUCUUCUUCAAUCUACGAUUGGUACGAUUCAGAUAACGUACCCUCGUCACCGGAUGGGCCUAGCUCCCCGGUGGGCGGUUCGUCCUUCGGUUACGGUGCAGGGGGUUACGGUAAGCUCGGUACGUUAGACCUGGACGAUGGUGACUCGUAUGCGAGGGGCUCCGAAGGGCCUGGAGAAUUAGGGUUCCCGUUCAAAUCCAUGAUGGCCAACUAUGUACCGGCGACCGAAAUCGAUGGAUCGAUUGGUUCGCAUGCCCCCAUUCUGUAUAAGGUUUACGUAGUCGAUGUUCCGAAGCCAAACUUCAAAACCAUCCGAAGAACAAUCGCACGACCAGUGCCGGCCAAGGACCGACCGACCGAUCCGCGGUUACGGAGGUUAUUCGGUAUUCAAAGCGACGAAGAUGAGGCCGAUGAUGGUACGAGCAGUGACGCCGGUAUCAAAUCCCCCGAUGGAUCGACUCCCGGUGCCUCGCCGCUGUAUAACAAUCCUCCCACGAUGCCAGCGGCUCUCAUCGUUCCUCCCACAUGUAGUGCUUCCUCAGUCCCUCAGGCGUCAGCAAACAAACUGGUCAGCAGUGGUCCCCGUGUAGAUCCAAGGAAGCGGCACGCCGAAAAGCAGCAGCAGCAGCAGUUGGAAGCGCAACAGCAGUCCCAGCAGCAGCCAGGUUCCGCCGGCGGUGGUGCUGGUUCCGCGUUCGGUUCAUCGCCUCAGAUCGAUGUGCAAGUGAUCCUCCAAAAGUCGGCCUGGUACAAGGAUCUUGGCUCGAAGCACAAGAUUAUGGUGAACCAGCAGCUGGCCAUCCUGUCGACGGAGAUGAAAAAGUUCCACAACUCGGACCGGUCGACGGAGCGGUUGAGCGAGUUUAUGCACUUUCUCGGAACGAGCAACAUGCUGCAGCACAUCCUCACCUGUCUGAACGUGUUCGUGGACGACUCGGUGACCUUCUGCGAGGUCCCGGUCGUACCGAACCUGCCGCCGCCGAAUCACCUAGCGCCGCUACCGAUGGUGCCACACAUUCCGCCACCGGGCAUGCCGCCAGCGGUUCCACUGCACGUGCCCCCACCGUUGGGUGUCCAGGGGCCGAUGUCACUUCCACCACCGCUUCCGACCCAAACGCAGCAGCCCCCAAUGUUCGGUCACGGUAACAAGGGCCCCUUCGGGCGACCACCGAUGCAGGACCAACCACCACCGCCCAUGGUGGGCCGGCCCGGCCUACUCGGCGUUUCGCCCAACAUGCCCUUCGAGCAGUUCCUUGCCAUGGGCAACGUCAACAAGGGUGGCGAGCAUCCGGGUGGCAACGUUGUUGGUGGGCCGCUGCCUCCAGCGUGGACGCAAGGUAACAAUAAUGGUGGGAACAAUAAUGGCAAUAACAUGAGAAACAUGCGGAAUAACAACCGCAUCGGGCACAACUUCCGUAACAAUAACGAUCGAUGGAACCACAACAAUGGGGGCGGACCAGGUGGUGGUGGUGGUCCGCCGAUGAUGAUGGGAGGAAACAAUAACGGUGGCGCCGGUGGCCCGGGCGGAAAUAAUCGACGGAACAACAACAAUCGACGGAAAAAGUAGGACUAUCGAUUGGACUGCUGGACAGAGGGAAGCAAGUCACACUCACCUACCAUACUCUCCCAGUGCCUCAUCCUGCUCUGCUUUUCAUUUCCACAAAUCCUGCUCUCCGUUUGCAAUUAAGGAAUAGAACAAAACUCUAACCAACCAACCAACGGGGUAUGAAUAAUUGGGGAACGGCGGGUAGGGUUGGUUAGUUGUUUGACUCGACUGGAGCUACUAAUAUGAGAUUUAUCAAGUACUAAGACGUCAACUGUACGUUGACUAUUUGUAAACUACAUAAUGUCCUUCCGAAGGUUUUCGCACCUUCGUGUGAAAGAUGGGAGAUUCUUUUUAUGUUUGUAAGAAAUAAAUUAUAUAUCUAAAUAAAAUAAACACAUCACAGCUAAAUUGUGUGGGCCAGGAAUGGGUCGAUUUUUUCGACCACACAACCGAUGGCCACGUUUGGUUCUCCCUUGUACGUAGUAAUUGCCUACAUUGUGGUAGUUUAGUGUUAGUUAAUGUUAUUACUAGCUCAUUUCAGUUGUUUUAUUUUUAUUAUUAUGACAAUUUGAAUAGUUGAAAAAUGAAACAUGAGUAGUUCAAACACGUCAUGAUUACGUUUUUCGAACCAUUACUAACGUCUUAUUUAGGGAAUAGGUUCAGUUUGAAAUUAUACAAUUACUGUAAAUUUAUUAGACUUCGCUUGCAUUGUAUAUUCUGAAUAUUUUUUUAUUAAAACACAAAUGC